UGCUCGCUGACACCCUAUCUGCCAGGCCCCCGGCAGCCGCAGGCCCAGAAUAGCAGCGCUGCCCCACAGGCAGCAUGGAGCGCCUCUCCAGCCCCGUCGCACCCCAGAUGGCGAUGCUGGAUGCCACCGCCUGCCCCGAGGAGGAAGGGUUCCCAGAGGCCCUGUGCCCAAGAGAGGAGGGGGAGGAGGAGGAAGAUGAAAGGCAAAGGACCCCAAGACCUGUCACCUUCACACUGGGCAACGAGAUGUUGGGGCUGGGCCCGAGCCCUGAGAGUGAGUUUCAGACCCCUGAUGCGGAGAUCUACAUGCACUUUAUGAGAAGCCACUGCUGCUACGAUGCCAUCCCCACCAGCUGCAAGCUCGUCGUCUUUGAUGUCUCCCUGGAGAUCAAGAAAGCCUUUGUGGCACUGGUGACCAAUGGAGUGCGUGCCGCCCCGCUCUGGGACAGCAAGACGCAGAGCUUUGUGGGGAUGCUCACCAUCACCGACUUCAUCAACAUCCUCCACCGCUACUACCGCUCACCCCUGGUUCAGAUCUACGAGGUGGAGGAGCACAAGAUUGAGACCUGGAGAGAGGUGUACUUGCAAGGCUCCUUCAAGCCUCUGGUCCACAUCUCCCCAAGCAAUAGCCUCUUUGACGCUGUCUACUCCCUGAUCAAGCACAAGAUCCACCGUCUGCCAGUCAUUGAGCCCAUCUCAGGCAACGUCCUGCACAUCCUGACCCACAAACGCAUCCUCAAGUUCCUCCACAUCUUUGGCUCCACCAUCCCCAAGCCGCGCUUCCUGAAGAAAACAGUGCAGGAGCUGUGCAUCGGCACCUUCCGCGAUGUGGCUGUCGUGCUCGAGACUGCCCCUGUCUACGCUGCUCUGGAGAUCUUUGUGGACCGCCGUGUCUCUGCCCUGCCUGUCAUCAAUGAAGCCGGGCAAGUGGUUGGCCUCUAUUCACGGUUCGAUGUCAUUCACCUGGCAGCCCAGAAGACCUACAACAACCUGGACAUCAGUGUACGGGAGGCACUGCGGCAGCGCACUAUCUGCCUGGAGGGGGUCCUCACUUGCUACCCCCAUGAAACCAUGGAGGACAUCAUUGACCGCAUUGCCAAGGAGCAGGUCCACCGCCUGGUUCUGGUGGAUGAGAAUCAGUACCCACGGGGCAUCAUCUCCCUCUCUGACAUCCUCCAGGCCCUUGUGCUCACUCCUGCAGGUAUCGAUGCUCUUAACUCUUAGCCCACGACUCUCCAUCUUUCUCCACUUGCAACCUCCAUUUCUCUCCACUUCAGGUAGGCGCUGUCCCCUGCCACUGUGCACCUGUCCCUUCCCUGCUGCUGGGUCAUGCACACCUUGUCACCUCCCUGCUCAGGCCAUCAGCCUUCACCCCAGACAAACUUGUCCUGGAGGAUGGAGGAGGCUGGGGCUGGGGUCCAGCAGCACUGUGUGCCUGCAUGGGGAUGGCAGGAUCUGGAUGUUGCUUGUCCUCAGGGACACAAGGAUCACAAGGGAUCCCCUAUGUGGUCCUGAUUCCUGGUGUACAUGAGGAAGGAUGCAGCAUCUGCCAUGGAGACACCCCCAGGCCCCUACCCGAGCAGCAUGUGGGAUGCAGAACUUGCCAGUCCUUUGCUUGAAGCUGGAUGAUGGGCUUGGGAUGUGAUGCACCUUAAGACAAAAGCCCUUUUUUGACUUCACCCCAAGGCCAAGGCACUCCCUGAGACCUGAGCCCCUUUACUGCCAUUCCUGAGGGACACACAUGGGACAGACCCCACUUGCACGCCCUGGAUGUGCCACCCACCACCAGCCAUGUGCUCAGUGCGGCUGACCCACGGGCCACGGCUGGGAGAGCUCCCGCUCAUGGUGGCCCUGGCCACGGAGCCUCUGGCACCUGUGGUGGACCCAAUUUAGGGGUGGCACUCAUUUAGGGGUGAAAUGGGGGGGGGGGGGGGGACCAGCCCAGCUGCUUCCCAAAGGUAAUGAUGCUUUUUUUGAGGUGGUGGUGAGGAACAGGCUUGGGUCACACCAUGCCCACUUUCAUGCCCACCCAUUCCCCCAGCGAUGCCCAGUUGUUCCAUGCAGAAGGUGACUUGGGGGUGGUGUGUGUUAACACUCCAGAUGUGGGACCCCCCCAAACUUCCCCAUCACGGUGCCUUUGCUCCCCAUCCCUAGUGCCUACAGGGGUGGCUGUGCUGGGAUCUAGCAGGAUGCCAUUGGGUGUCCCCCUCCGGGCCAGCACCCACUCCUACGCCAGGGCAUGCAUCCAAAGUAGGACAAGUCCCUGUUGUGCCCUGUGCUGUCCCUGUGGGAGGGUUGGAAAGCUGUGCCGCAGAGCACCCAGUCCAGCACCAGUGCCUGCCAUGGGGUUAUGGCCUCACAUGCUCUCACCCUGCAGGCAUUGACCAGUCCUGGCUCUGAAGACAUCAGGAAAGUGCUGAUGCAGGGGUCUUUUGCAUGGCCCUGGGGCCGUGGAAGGAGGCUCAGGCCCCGGAGUCUCUCCCAGUGCUGGAGCUCGUCUUGAGUCUGGGGCCAGAUCCUGCCAGCGUCAGGGAGGCAGGGAAUGGGGGAACGGGGGCCCAAGGGUGCCUCCUGCCAGCAAGGACAUGGUGAUGCUCGAUGGGCACCAUGCUUUGAGGAGCUGUGCUACACUCCCAGCUGGGCAUGGGGACCUACAUGGCUCCAUGUGACUCGGCCAGCCUGCUCCCAUCCUGCUGCUGGAUUCAAGUGCUUUGGCCACGGCUCCCCUCGGCAAGCAUGGUCCUGCUGGCUGUGCCUCAUAGCGUAGGCUCAGCUGCACACACAGGCUUGUUUAUUGUAGGGUCACGCGCAGCUGGAGCACCCUGGCAGAGGCGCAGCCUGUGUCGGAGCUGGCAGUAAGAUAGGCAUUUGCACGGGGACCCUGCACAUGUUUUGGGGUGGGGAGGGGGUAUUUAUUUCUUUGCUGGUCUGCUCAGCCUUGUAAUAAAGCAGCCUGCUUCAGGCACUGUCUCCUCACCUUUAUGGGGUGCAACUGGGCACGGCUGCUCCAGAGAGAGCUGAGCUGGGAAGGGGAUGCUGGCUGCUCAGCACGGCCGGGGGACCCAGCCUGGAAUGCCCACCAAGACCUGCUGCAGUGAGGGUGGCAUGGGCAGUGGGUGGCACCUCUGCCCAUAGGGGUAGAGCCAGGGGAAUAGGGACAGAAGCUCACCACAGGUAGUGUAACCUUAAUGGCUCCACUGUGGGAGCGGUUACUGGGUCCCCUUGGUAACACCCUGGGGAUGGCAGCUGUCGUAUCAGCAAAGUUUCUGCCUGCUGCUUCCUCCCAGUCCAGCUGGGCUCCCCAUCAGCAGGAAGGUGACAGGAGUUCACCAGGGGUAUCCUGUAUCCCAGCACUCCAGGAGCCUGGGCAAAUGGCAAUGCAUCCCCUGCCUGCGGCUGCUGCCAGCCCCCAGUCCCUGCGAUGGCUCUGGGUGUCAGCCCCAUGUCCCUUCUUAGGGCCUGGGGGAAGCUGAGCUGAUCCUCCUCCAGCUGCUUCAACCAGAGCGAGUCUUGCCCCCGUUCCUGUGCCCCCAUAUCAGCAUCUCACCAAAAUAACAGCUGAUAGCAAAAGGUCCCGGGCGCUCCACACCCGCCCUGUGCCGGCUGGCCCUGCCAAGGGAUGCACUGCCAGUGCCAGGUGUUGACAGGACCCCACCCCAUCGCACGGGAUGAGCUGUGUUAUUGCUCCACUUGCCUGGGGCCAGGGCUGGCUCCAUCCCUUGGGAUGAGGCACAAUCCCCAACCUCUGUUGGCAGCUCAACUCUCCCCGGGAAGGCAGGGGGAAA